GCAUGCGCGGAGGUGGGGGGCAGCGGGACUGCGGACCCCAAUUGCGAAAACGCUGGGAACUCGGGGACCCGCCCGGCCGCCCCGAGGGUCGGAGGAGGAGGAGGAAUGUAGGGUGGAAAUGAUCGUCCUGGGCGGAGAUAGUAACUGUCCCUGUUGAAGCCCCUAGCUGGGUUCCAGCCAGAACUAAGGCGCUAGCAGACAUGUAAAGCUGGUCAUGCUUCUACACUGCUUGAUUCAUUUCGAGCCCAGUAACAGAAGAGCCUUCCUGAGACUACUGUCACCAUACCUGCCUGUCAGCUUCCCGAGGUUAGCUGAUGUCCUGAGACUUCAGAGACCUCAGGGACUUCUUUCAGUCCUCACAGAAACCUGUACCCUGGUGAUGGCACAGAGGGACUGUUUUCUUGUCCUUAGUCUGAAUGACUGCCGGGAAGGAAGGCAAAGGUAGAAGAGCCAGACCCCCAGCUCUCCCCACAGCUUCUAAUCUCAGACCGUAUUAUCAAAGCUCACUGGAACAAAAGAUUUUGAGUCAUGAGCGAAAACUCUUGCUCUUUUCGUAAUGAGAAAGAAAGAAGAGAUGGACAGGUUGAAAGUGUGUCUGCUGGGUACUCUCCACCAUGUGACAAGGACAACAGUGCUCUUCUGGCUUUUAGAGGAAUUCCUCUGCCCCUACAGAUCUCAGAACUGAAGAACCACAGCAUCCUCCGGGCCCUGACAGUGGAAGCUAACGGAUGGCAGCCAGGUGUUGUGAGUACAGAGGUGCUCAGAGCCCAAGAAGAGUGGGAAACUGUGGACAGCAUCCAUCCAGAGACAGGGAGCCAGGCCAGCUCAGAGCAGCCUGGGCAGCUCAUCUCCUUCAGUGAGGCCCUGCAGCAUUUCCAGACCGUGGACCUCUCCUCCUUCAAGAAAAGAAUCCAGCCGACGAUUCGAAGGACCGGGCUCGCUGCCCUCCGGCACUGCCUCUUUGGGCCUCCAAAGCUCCACCAGGACCUCCGUGAAGAAAGGGACUUGGUCCUGACCAUCGCUCAGUGUGGCCUGGAUAGCCAAGACCCAAUGCAUGGCCGAGUCCUGCAGACCAUCUACAAGAAGCUGACCGGCUCCAAGUUUGACUGCGCCCUCCAUGGAGACCACUGGGAAGAUCUGGGCUUUCAGGGAGCAAAUCCAGCCACAGACCUUAGAGGAGCAGGCUUCCUUGCCCUCCUGCAUCUCCUAUACCUGGUGAUGGACUCCAAGACCCUGCUGAUGGCCCAGGAGAUUUUCCGCCUGUCACGUCACCACAUCCAGCAAUUCCCCUUCUGUGUGAUGUCCGUGAAUAUCACCCGCAUCACCAUCCAGGCCUUAAGGGAGGAGUGUCUCUCCAGGGAGUGUAACCGGCAGCAGAAGGUGAUCCCAGUGGUGAACAGCUUCUACGCCGCCACCUUCCUCCGCCUGGCGCACAUCUGGAGGACGCAGCACAAGACCAUCUCAGACUCAGGCUUUGUCCUCAAAGAUUUGGAGGCGUGGGCCAAGAAGAGCCCCAGGCGGCUGCUCAAGACCCUGGAGAUCUACCUGGCUGGCGUGUCAAAGGGACAGGCCUCCUUGUUGGGAGCACAGAAGUGCUCCCGGCCCAGAGCCCCUCACUCCAAGGACCUCACUUUCACGGGUGUAUGUGACCUGCCACCGAACUCACCCCAGGCCACGUGGCUGAUCUGACCAACUCCAGGGGCCACUGGGGAUGGAAAGCCUUGAGGGGGGCUCUGGGAGGGCUCCCUCGGCUGGGCCACGCCCAUUCCAGCCCCAGCAGAAGGAUGUAAGGGAGCCCCUGGGCCUGAGGGGAGCCAGGGACCCUCACCUGUGGGAGACAUUGGGGGCCCUUAGAUUUGACCCAGACCCGGCAGACCUGCCUCCAGGGUUGGGGAAACUUUGCUGUGCUCUUAGUUGGGCUACAGCUUCCAGAGUCGGGUUCCAGGUAAAGUCAGUGACAGUGAAUGGGUAACAGGGUGGGAGACCCCAUCUGGAUGUCCCACACAGCCCUACAUGAAAGAUAUUCCCAAGUAGAGGCGCUGGAAUCCUGACUUGCUGACAGCCGGGCUUUCAGGCCCCAGGGUCCUUAGAAUGUGAAGGGAGCUGCUGGCAGGGGGCCAUGUGAACCUCAGCAGCUGGGCCCGCCUUCUUGUCUGCCCAGCAGCCCCUGUGGGAGGGGGGGCUCUGGCUCUGCACUUCCCCUACCUUCACCCCCUCAUUCCUUCCCCCCACGGUGAUACAGAAGCCAGUGCUGGGCUCGGUGUUGCCACUGCCCCAACACUAACCGCCCACCAGCUGGGCUUCCCGGUGGAGGCCGCACAGGUCCCGCCCACGGUGGUUUUCUGGCCUGGCUAAGGGAAGGAGGAAAUUCACACACCAGCAGUUUUUGAAUAAAAGAAUUGUUCCAGGUUAA